CAUCUGGUCAUGGCUCUCAUCAAGCUUUCCAUCUGCCUACUCUUCCAGCAAGUUUUCCCCGCCCGCGUACUUCAUACCCUUUCCUGGAUCCUCCUUGCAGUCAUCUUGAGCUGGUCCACGGGGUCCAUUCUCUUCGAGCUACUCGCAUGCCGUCCACUUACCGGAUUAUGGAGUACGUCAACAACACAUGCGAGUGCCGAGUGCAUCGAAGACCGAACAAUACCGUACAUGGUCAUGGGUGUUGGCGAUAUCGUCAUCGACACCGCAACGCUGAUUAUCGGCGCGAUCGGGGUUUGGAAGCUGGAAGUUAGUACGCGCAAUGUUCUCGCAUUGGGCUUCUUGUUCAGUAUGGGACCCUGUGUUAUGGCAAUGAGUACACUCCGAACUAUAGCUCUCAUACAGGCUUCCGCUCUUUUUGAAACAUUGACAGAAUCUUAUUUCGUUAUCUGGAGUAUUGGGGGCGCCGCUCUAUGCCAGUUCGUCGUGUGCGCGCCGUUUUUCCCAUUACUGCGUAGCCAGAAUAUACAUAAAAGAUCGGGGGACAUUGAGCUGCGGACACUCUCUUCCCAAUUUCAUUGUGUUGGCGAGCUUGAUGGGGAAAGCGAUGAAAUAAUAGGAGCACUCGGUGGCGAUUGGGCUGUUCGGGUCGAAAGAGGAGCUAACGAACACGGUUCGUAUAUUUUCACACACAUGUUGGAGUCUGGGCAUUGGAACACUACAUUACGCUCCGAUGAAGAUGGAUCUAAAAGUGACUCGAGGAGUUGGGUUGGUCUUUGA